AUGUCUUGCUACGACCUGUGCCCACCAAAAACCAGCGUCGCCGCCCCGCAGCAGGUCGCCGUCCCGCAGCCCAUCGCCGAGAGCUGCAACGAGCUGUGCGCCCGCCAGUGCCCCGACUCCACGGCCUUCAUCCAGCCGCCCCCCGUCGUCGUCACCUUCCCCGGCCCCAUCCUCAGCUCCUUCCCCCAGCAAGCCGUGGUGGGCUCCUCCGGAGCACCGGCCUUUGGGGGCUCCCUGGGGCUGGGGGGCCUCUACGGUGCCGGGGCCACGCAGGGCUCGGGGGGCCUCUGCACCUUUGGCAGACCCUACGCUUCUCCCGCCUGCAGCCCUUGCGUCUUGCCCCGCUACACCAGGAAGCUGUGGGACACCUGUGGGCCCUGCUAGACCCUGACC